AUGGAGGGGUCAUUGGACUCUGAUGUGAAGAUGGUUCCGGCCGGAGAGGGAUCGAGCGGUGGAUGUCCUUCAAUCAAAAAGACCAACAAGCGAUUUGAGCUGAAGAAGUGGAACGGAGUAUGUAUGUGGGUGUGGGAUAUUGUGGUGGAGAACUGCGCCAUCUGCAGGAACCAUAUAAUGGACAAGUGCAUAGAAUGCCAAGCCAAUAUGGAAAGCGCGACGAGCGAAGAGUGCACGGUGGCUUGGGGAACUUGCAACCAUGCCUUCCACUUCCACUGUAUUAGCCGAUGGCUCAAGGCUCGUCAGGUUUGUCCCUUAGAUAACAGCGACUGGGAGUUUCACAAGUAUGGGACUUGA